CGAUAAUGAAUAUGUAUUCUGAAGCAGUUUUCAGGACUUUAUUAGCUAGUGAAGGUGAUAUAAAGGUGUAUUACUUGACUGUUUUCAGAAUGAUUUUUAUAGGUGUAAUUGGUGUCCAACCAGGUUAUGAUGAGAUCAACCCAGACUGGAGACUCUCUAGUGAAAAAAGAAAGAAAAUAAAAGAUAAAGAAUCCUAUUAUCCAUUGAUAGAUGUAAAUUGGUGGGCAGAUAAUUCUGUCAUCCUGGCUCGCUGCUCUGGUGCAUUGACUGUGUCAUCAGUCAAAACGUUAAGAAACUUGCUGGGAAAGUCAUGUGAAUGGUUUGAGAGUUCUCCUCAGGUCACUUCAGCUCACGAUGGAGGAUUUCUAAGUCUGGAGUGUGAGAUAAAACUCGUUCCAAAAAGAUUACGCUUGGAGGGCAGGCCUGGUGAUGAAGAUGAGGGAGAAGAUGACUCUGACUCAGAUGAUGAAACUUCUGCUAAGGACAGAUAUUUCAGCUACCUAAAGCAAGGCCUGUACUUUGUGACAGAAAUGGAACGAUUUGCUCCUCCACGGAAACGUCCACGUACUAUUACAAAGAAUUUCCGCCUUGUCAGUUUGAGAUCCACGACUCCAGAGGAACUAUACCAGAGGAAAAUUGAUAAUGAGGAAUAUGGGGAAGCUUUGUCUUUGGCUCAAGCAUAUGGCCUUGAUUCUGAUCUUGUGUAUCAAAGACAGUGGAGGAAGUCGGCUGUUAACGUCGCUUCAAUUCAAGACUACUUGAGCAAAAUUAAGAAGCGUGCCUGGGUUCUUCACGAGUGCUUGGAAAGAGUUCCAGAGAAUGUGGAUGCUGCUAAGAAGCUGCUUCAGUAUGGCUUGAAAGGCACAGACUUGGAGGCUCUUGUGGCCAUAGGAAAAGGAGAAGAUGGCGGCAGAUUUAUCUUACCGGGCGAGGUGGACAUUGAAAUUCCCUAUGAAGACUUUUUGUCACCAGAUGAAGAAAUGGAUACUAGAAAGGAAAAAGAGGCCAAGAAGCAUGAAGAACUGCUAUUAUCAGUAAACUUUUCAAAGCUGACACUGGAACAAAAAGAACUCUGCCGUAGCAGGCUGAAGCUGUUAACUUAUCUUGAUCGCCUUGAAACCUAUGAGGAAAUCCUUGGAGGGCCUCAUGCAGCUGAACAGCACUAUGAUGGCGAAUUCUUCAAGAAGUUCAGAAAUCAGAAUAUUGUACUUUCAGCAAGAACUUAUGCUCGGGAAAGCAAUGUCAGAGCCCUGGAAAUUUUGUUCACUUUCCAUGGAUCAGCUUUACUUCCACACAGACAGGCAAUUCUCUCCAAUUUUCCAGAGACUACUUCACCACAUGAAUAUGCUUUCUUGUUGCCUGAAGCUUG